GAACCUGAGGUGCCUGGUGGGGUAGAGAACUGAGAUCCGGAGCAAGUGGGGAGGAGGGGAGAAGCACUGGGACCCUCCCCCCAGCUUUGGGAAGGGCACCCCCUCUCUGGGAGUUUGGGGUCUGAAGCCUGGAGGGGAGGCGUGUGAGCAUCCCCCUCCUCCCGGGCCUCCCCCCUCCCCUCCGGCCGCCCUCAGUCGCCUCCCCCGUUGCAGCGCCUCGGAUUCCCUGCGUAGUCCGUGUCUUCUUGCAGAGGGGGGUUCUGAAGUCCCACUGCCGCUGUCAUGGGAAAGCAGAACAGCAAACUGCGCCCAGAGAUGCUACAGGACCUUCGGGAAAACACGGAGUUCUCCGAUCUGGAGCUGCAGGAGUGGUACAAAGGCUUCCUGAAAGACUGCCCCACAGGCAUUCUCAACGUGGAGGAGUUCAAGAAGAUAUAUGCCAAUUUCUUCCCCUAUGGAGAUGCCUCCAAGUUUGCUGAGCACGUCUUCCGCACCUUUGAUACCAAUGGCGAUGGCACCAUCGACUUUCGGGAGUUCAUCAUCGCUCUCAGUGUCACCUCUCGAGGGAAACUGGAGCAGAAGCUCAUGUGGGCUUUCAGCAUGUAUGACCUGGAUGGCAACGGCUACAUCAGCCGGGAGGAGAUGCUGGAGAUUGUCCAGGCCAUUUACAAGAUGGUGUCUUCUGUGAUGAAGAUGCCGGAGGAUGAAUCUACCCCUGAGAAGCGGACUGAGAAAAUCUUCCGCCAGAUGGACACAAACAAUGAUGGGAAGCUGUCCCUGGAGGAAUUCAUCAGAGGAGCCAAGAGCGACCCAUCCAUUGUCCGGCUGCUUCAGUGUGACCCCAGCAGCACCUCCCAGUUUUGAGCCUGGGGCCUCCGGGGGGAUGUGGAGAAGGAAGGGUCGAGGGCCAGGCUGGGACCCUGCCUUACCCUGUCUUCAACUCCCAUCUCCCACAGCUUCCCUUCCCAUGUCUUUGUGUCCAGACUGGAUUUGGGGAAUGCCCAGGCUAGGGUGGGGCCUAAACUGUCCCUUGCUCCUACCCCAGAUUCCUGGGUCCCAUUCUCCACAUAGCAGGGGUAGAGCCUGCCUCCUUCCCCAGCCUCUGGCCAGGGCUCAGCCCAAUUACCCUGGGGUGGUCGGACAUGCGAAGGGCAGGAGCUGGGCAUGUGGACAUACUUGCAAUGGGGAAGAUAGUGUGUCCCUGUGCAUCCAGGAGCUGCCCCCUCACCUCACCCUGGUCCUCCCCUCAAAGUCCAGGGACCGUUAGAAGCCUGAUAUCCAGUGGAUCUUCCCUGUCCGUGAGUUUCUCAGCCAAGGGGACAAAUGGCUCCCUCCAAGGGAACGUCACAUCCCCCAUCCAUGACCAAGAGCAGGAUGCCCCCCACUCCGAAUAAGGUCUAGCCAGCCCUGGAGCUCAAAAGAAGUGGGGGUGGUAGCCAGGAGGGAGCCUGGGGCAUUUGCCUGUGGAGGGACUAGAGAUGGGGGAGCAGCUCUGGAGGAGGGAAGUGGCCAAUGGCAUAUGGCACUGUCAACAUAUUCUGCUCCCCCCUCCCUCAAGCCCCUCGGAUACCUACCCAGAUCUGGGUCUCUUCUGCUCUGGCGUGGAGGUCUGGGGAGCUGGCAGGGGAUUGUGGGAAGAAGCAAAUCAAGAGCCCCUUCCCCCGGGGGCAGCCCUGCCCUGAGCACUUUUCCAAAUGUACACGCACAGAUAUGGGUCUGGGUCUACCCACCCCCUGGCCCUUCCCCAUCACACCCAGACCUGUCUGCUCUAUCCCCCAACCCACCCUUAAAGCUGGGUGUCUCAGAACAUCCCCUCACCUCCUGCCCCGCUCCUAGACCCGGGGGCAGCAUCAGCAGUCCCCACCCCUCUUCUGAGCAUGCAUUCACUUGGAAUUACUUUGUUCUUUUUAAUAACUUCAGAAUAAAGUCUUGUCUCAGUGCCGUG